UGCGCAACGCACGUCUCUCGCUGAGCAGCUCCCAGUUCGAUCCAGCACAACUUAGGAUAUUUUUUUGAAACACUACCAAAACAGCAAAAUAAAUAUGAAGAGUUUUCUGCUUUUGUGCUUUGUGGCGCUGACAGUGGCCGAUGUCAAGCAUCUGACAGAUCGCAAUCUGGAUCUGUUCAAAUACAAUCCCAGCGAUAUUUAUACCCUGCCCGAGGACAUCGAUGAUGAUAAACCCGCCGUGCAUUUCAGCGGUGAUGUCAUGAAGGCCAAGACCGAGACACUGCAGAACUACAAUUCGGGCAAUAAGUUCAAGCUGGCAUUGAAGACCCAGAACGGCAUUGAGGUCAACAGCGUGGGCAAACUGAAGGACGACAAGACAUUUGUGGUGAGCGGUUCGUAUUCGUUUACCGGUGCCGAUGGCAAGCGCUACAGGACACGCUACACUGCCGAUGAGUUUGGCUAUCAUCCCAUCACUGAGCUGGAUCUGGACAUACCCGAACCUCAGCCUUUGUCGCCGGUGGCAAAGCGUCCCAGUGUGGAUCCCAGCAGUUUGUUGGGCAACAAGAAUCGCUUCCAGUUCCUGCAGCAGAGCCUCAACCCGGAACAGGGUGGUCCAUUGCGUGGCAGCGGACAAAGCGGUGAUGAUUACAGCUAUUCGGCACCUGGACCACAGGUUGACUACAACAACAAUCCCUAUGGCAAUGGUCUUGGCGCCGGUAAUCCCUAUGGAUCGGACGGCAAUGGCAAUGGUUUCGGUGCUGGUACCGGUACCGGUUCCGGUUUCGGAUCGGGCUUUGGUGCCGGUAAUCCCUAUGGACCCGGUAGUGCUGGCGGCAAUGGCAAUGGCUAUAACUAUCAGCCCCCCUCGGUGCCUUUGGAUACACCCUCGCGCCAGUACCUGCCGGUGGCAUAAGUGCCCCGACCCCCCUACAACCCUAACACCCUCCCACCCUUGUUGCCCCUUAACCUCCUUGACCCUAAGCUGCAAGUAUUUAGUUUUAAGCGCAACUUCAACAGGCAAAAUUAACAAGUAGCGAAUUUUUUUUUUUUUAUCAUCUUUUAGUGUUAUAUGUAUACAAUAUGCAAUAUGUAUUCCAUUUUUAACGUAACUCCACCACCAAAAAGAAAUAACGAACUACCCUGAAAAAAAAGAAAGUUAAAGAAUAUGAAUGAAAAGAAAAAGAAAACACUACGCAAAAUGCCAGACAAGAUAUGACAAGACGCAAAAUGAACUUGACAAUGAAUCUAUAUAUAUGAAUAUAUAUAUGUAUAUACACUGAGUGAUAUUAGUAGUAAAUAAAAUGGCUAAACUAAAAA